GCGGCCGAGUUGCAAUUUUGGGAUUUUGGGAGAAUGGGAGCCAACAACCGACCGAAAUCUAACUUCUAACCUUAGGGUUUUUUUUGGUGGGAAAACGUUGGCCUCUCUUUUUCCCUCUCUCUCUCUCUGAAGAAGGUAAUAAGUUAGAUUUUGUGAUUUAUCAUCUGUUUGGAUUUGCAUUCCUUCGUUUUCUUUCAAGCGCUUCGAUCUUUCAAGAUAUAUUUAUAUUUUCAUGGCUUGCAUUUGAAUUUAAUGGCGAGAGGUCCUGCAACAUCGCUUUUUCGAAUUUAUUCAUCUAGAAGUAACGCCUUCAAGGUCCAAAUUGUCCUAUCGAAUCGAUUUUUCCAUUCUCCAGGAGGAUGUGGGUGUUUAAAUUCCCAGAGAACUUCUUUUCUUUCAUUUUUAGACUCACAAAUUCGGGGAGUUUCGACAAGUUCGAUGCAGCUGGAUGCUGCACAACUUGGGUUUCAGAUUAAACAACUUAGGGAUUUUCAUUUCGUUAGCUACAAACCCUUCUCGACGUCGACGACGACUGAAAAAAGAGACCCUGUCAAUAAGGAGAGUUUUUACGAUUCAUCAGCAACUGAAUGUGAAAGCACCGAGGAUAAUGGUUCUCGGAACGAUGCCUGUUUUGUGCAUGUGGCCUCUCGUGAUCCCGUUGAAUUAUAUCGGGAACUCUGCAACUCUGAGAAGGCUGCAAAGCAAACUAGGUCCGAUUGGGAAAUUUUAGUUGAAAUUUUCAGGUCCUUUGCAAAAUCGGGUUGGGCAUCGAACCAGGCCCUUGCGAUAUACAUUGGUGCCUCGUUUUUCCCUACUGCUGUCCACAAGUUUCGGUCUUUCUUCCUGAAGAAAUGUCCAGAUGAUAUUGCCAAGUACUUGGUAUCACUUGGUCCGUGCGAAGAAUCAGAGCGAUUUCUUUUCCCCAUUUUUGUCGAAUUUUGUUUGGAAGAAUUUCCUGAUGAGAUUAAACGUUUCCGGGAUAUAGUUGAAUCUGCAGACCUUACAAAACCUCAUACCUGGUUCCCUUUCGCUCGGGCGAUGAAACGCAAGAUUAUCUACCAUUGUGGCCCUACCAACAGUGGCAAAACAUACAAUGCACUCCAACGUUUUAUGGAAGCCAAGAAAGGUAUUUAUUGUAGUCCUCUGAGGCUCUUAGCCAUGGAAGUUUUUGACAAGGUGAAUGCCCUUGGUGUAUACUGUAGUCUCCACACGGGGCAAGAGAAGAAAAGUGUUCCAUUCGCCAAUCAUAUUGCUUGUACUGUGGAAAUGGUUUCUACAGAUGAAUUGUAUGAUGUUGCUGUCAUUGAUGAAAUACAGAUGAUGGCAGAUCCUUGCAGAGGCUAUGCAUGGACUCGUGCUUUACUUGGAUUGAAAGCUGAUGAAAUACAUCUCUGUGGAGAUCCAAGUGUUCUGAAAAUUGUCCGAAAGAUUUGUUUGGAAACUAGGGACGAUUUGAUUGAAAAUCAUUAUGAAAGGUUCAAGCCACUUGUGGUAGAAGCAAAGACUCUGUUGGGAGAUCUUCGAAAUGUUCGGCCUGGAGACUGUAUUGUUGCAUUCUCAAGGAGAGAGAUAUUUGAGGUGAAAUUGGCAAUCGAGAAGUACACUAACCAUCGUUGUUGUGUUAUCUACGGUGCCUUGCCACCUGAGACUCGACGGCAGCAAGCAAGUUUAUUUAAUGAUCAAGAGAAUGAAUUUGAUGUCCUGGUUGCAAGUGAUGCAGUAGGGAUGGGUUUGAAUCUAAAUAUUAGAAGGGUUGUAUUUUAUAGUCUUUCCAAGUAUAACGGUGACAAGAUUGUUCCAGUUCCUUCAACACAGGUGAAGCAGAUUGCUGGAAGAGCUGGUCGCAGAGGAAGUCGCUAUCCUGAUGGCCUCACAACCACCUUGCAUUUGGAUGACUUAGACUACUUGAUUGAGUGCUUGAAGCAACCUUUUGAUGAGGUUAAUAAGGUGGGUCUCUUCCCGUUCUUUGAGCAGGUCGAAUUAUUUGCUGGGCAGCUUCCAAAUGUUACUUUUUGCCAGCUACUGGAGAAGUUUGGAGAGAACUGUCGUCUUGAUGGCUCUUACUUCUUGUGUAAGCAUGAUCACAUAAAGAAGGUUGCGCGGAUGUUGGAGAAGAGAAGGCUGCAACAAUGGCCACAAAUAUUGCAGAUCUACUGGGUGAAUCUCUCACCAAAGCUUGCUGGAAACCUGAGCAAAGGCAGGCAGGCAAGCCAAAGUCUCAACAGAAGGAAGGUGGUUAUAAGAGACCUCUGUCGCUCGUUAAAGUACAACAAAAGAAAAGGCAUGAAAAAUCUUCUCAGUAUUACUCCCCAGAGAAGGUCCUGGCAUAAUACCUUUUUCAGGCCUGUGUUAGAAUAUCAUUGCUCAGGGCAUGGAGUUGGAUUUCUCCUAUAUUUCAAGGGCUUCUUUCAACUAAAUGCUCAUCGAAAUUCAUUGACUUGGUCCUAUGAUCACUUUUUGGGUCCAUUGUAAUCCUUUCAACUAAAUGCAAGCUCCAUUCAGGAGGUAAAAGCAGUUGCAGAACCAUCGGUGCUUUCCUCAUGGGCUCAUCAUCAAGGAUAUCUUGGCUAUGGUGGAAGGUUUCAGGGAAGUCGUCUUCAAGUUCACUCCUCGUCCUUACAACUUUAGCACACGGCUUAGUGUCCAAAGCUAUUUAUUUCCCUGGGAAUUGGGUUUCAUUUUUGUAAGGGUAGGGGAAGCCUGGUUCCAGGAUUUGUUAAUGAAUGACUCAGCCGUGUAAUGUUAUCUCUUGGAUGAAUUACAGUUUUUAACCAAAAAAACAGAAAAGAAAUUCGGGUAACCGGAGAAUUAUAUUUAUUAGCUGGAUAAGAAACGAACGCGAAGGGCAAUUUUUUGGUCAUAAA